AAUAACCCCGAAAGGCGACAUCCCUGUUCCAUUCAUGGACGCGGCACGAUCAUCAGGCACCAGCGAUUUUACUUUUUAUUCCUCGUUCAGUCUGUUAAGCCCGCUGCGUCCCGUCGCCGUUCGCGGUCCGAGUGCCAUUUUUCCCCCUCGUUCGGCCCUAACGCGGCGACAUGCCUGCGGAAGUUUAAUCGAGUCGUGUCGCGAAAGAAGAACAUAAUAUCCCGGACUUCUGUUCAUAAAUUAUGUGCGCAUCGGUGUACGGCUCUUAACCCAGACACCAAAGCUUCACCAAAGGCACCUCAGGAUGAAGGUAUCUUCUCUGGCGCCGCUUCUUCUGCUCGCCAUUGUUGCGCAGCCCGCCGAUUUCAUCAGCUUGACGGGUAAAUGUCCCACGGUGAGGCUGCCGAACGGAAGGGUUCGAGGGAGGACCAGGGGCAGAAUCAUCAGGUUCAGUUGUAACGAGGGCUUCACUCUCGUAGGUAACAGGUAUUCGAAUUGCAUUCGAGGCCAGUGGGAUACGCCUACGCCAGUAUGCGUCAACGCCCGUUGUUCUACGCCGCCCACCCCGGACCACGCGUUAGUGGCGUCGAAAUACUACGGCGCGAUAUUAUUGUUCUUUUGCGAGCCUGGUUACUCGCUGGUUGGCCCGGCCGAAAUUUAUUGCGACGGGAGGGAGUGGAACGGUACAGUUCCUCAUUGCCGAGAUACCACUGCUGAAGCCCCGACACAAUGCGACUUCGAGAAGACAGACCUCUGCUGGUGGGAGCAGGACCCUGAACACGAUUUCGAUUGGCGACGACACAACUUUGAGACGCCCAGUUCUCAUAUUGGGACUGGACCUACCCAUGAUCAUACUUUGGGACCUGGAAACGAUGGGCAUUAUUUAUACAUCGAGGCAUCAGGGCGAUUGGUGAACGAAACGGCGAGAAUCGUUUCUCCAAUCUACAAAGCGUCGUACACAGAUGGAGGCUGCUUUUCAUUCUGGUACCACAUGUUUGGAGCGAGCAUAGGCGCCCUGAACGUUUAUUUCAAGCCGGAGAAGAACAGCACAGGCCAACUGAUGUUCUCCAAACAGGGCAAUCAGGGGAAUCAUUGGUUGCACGGUAUUUUCAAUCUCCCCAAAGCUGAGAAGGGUUUUCAGAUUGUAAUCGAGGGCGUUCGUGGGAACACUUACGUAAGCGACAUCGCAAUCGACGACGUGGCCAUUCUACAGGGUGACAAAUGCCAGAACACGAGCAAAGCGGAGAACGAGGGCGUGACGGAGAGCGACGAUGAUCAAAUAGAACAGGUGAACGCACAGCUGAGUUGCCGUGGACAAUGUAAAAAUGUCAUGACCAGCAAUUUAACAACUGCUAAAGAUCUAUCCCAGACGUGUCUUUGUACCAUCGAUUGUGCCGAACACUUCAUUUGUUGCCCGGACUACGCGGAGUACUGUAUCCUAGGCCCGACCGAGGACUCGGUCACAGAAGUCACAGAAGUUACAACAGUGAUUCACGACGCAAUUAUCGGGCCACCAGUGAAGAAGGACAAUGUCACUGAUAUUGCGACCAUGCGGCCGGACGACAAAGGUAUCUCCAUAUACCCGAAGGAUGAGAUCGACCCCGUUACAUUGAAACCACCGACGACCACCACCACUACCAUCGCCACGACCACGACCACUGCCAGUCCGGUCACGAACGUAACUAGGCCGAAAACAGUGAAACCAUUGAUAACCACGGAACGCACUACCCUCACGACCAACGCAACUACGAAACUGAUCCAGACAACAAAGGAGACGCCAGUCCCGGAAACGUCCACCACCGAGAGAUACGUGCCGAUAGCCGCUCCUCCCGAUCUAGACGUGGUGCGCCAGGAUGUGGAGAAGCUGCAUCACAGCGGUGUGAAGAUCAGCAUGCCGGGAAUCAUCAGUUUGGUGGUCGGGAUCCUGACCGGAGUGACGAUCACGGUGAUGGUCGCGAUUUUCGUUCUGAGGAGGCGAAAGACGUACAAACGCAGCGCGAACGGGUCAGCGUUGUCCGAGGACAGUGACGUACGGUUCUUGACGUCCGACGAGAUCCUGGACUUCACUUUAGCCAGGCCCAGUGAGAACGACGAGACGUAAGGUGUCCCGGGUCCAGCGAACUUAUUCAAGAUGGCGGGUCCUGGUUGGAGAACGCCGGAAGUCUUGAAAACUCUGGGAUCUGCUUGCCGUGACACACGAUCGGCGGCCACGAAAGCAUUCGAAAUACUUGCAAAAGACUUAGCCCAAUUGGCAGAUUAAUUUCGAUGUACCUUCAUUAUGGUGUAAAGCUGUAAAAUAGUUCGUAAGGUUUUAAUAUUGGCAACAGCUCGUAGCGGAAGGAUGAAAAUAACGAUUCUUAGUUGGCUUGGGAAAUUGAAUUGAUCGAGAAAUAUUUUCGAAAGUAUCGAUGAUUGUUGGUAGUAAUCGAGUUUAAGGUAUUAAUUUAAAACGAGAAGAGAAGCUGUUUCUCGGUUAUCGUUGUCUGCGACAAGUAUAAAUAUCCAUAGAUUUGGAUUUUCAUUGAUCCUUCAAGGUUUUCGGGAUUAGUCAAGUAAUGGCAUGGAAUGAAUUGAUUAAUUAAUGAUUUCCGAUCGAAACUGUUCCAGCGGUUAAAUGAUUUCGUAACGCUGCAGCUGUUUUACAGUUUGUAAAAUGUGGGAGUCGUCAUUCGAACGUGGAAUCGUUAAGUUCUUUGAAUGAAAUUCUGCAAUAGUGCUUUCCUCCGGGAAUCUCAGAAUAUAGUUAAAACCGGUAAAUCGACGUAAGAUACCGAUGCUUUCUGUUCCAACGGUAUAAUUCUUUUUCCAAGAUGGCGACCGAAAGAUAACGAAUACACGAGAAGCAGCGGUAUCUUACGGGAAUUCACUAUUUUAGUUUCAGUUGACAAACAUUUCAACCAAAGUGUGUAUAUUACAUUUCACCAGACAAUGAUGAACAAUCUUUGCGAUUUGCAUUGCUGAUAAUAAUGAUAGUUGCGUUAGUGGAAAUGUUGAGACCAACGUGCUGUAUAUAGUGAUGACUUUUACGUCUGAAGUGUUGUAUAAACGAGAAGCACACGAAAUAAAUAUUGACUUUAUUUAAUC